GUAUCAAUUUUAAUGUAUAUUUAAGUACAAUCUGUUAUACAACAUAACGAUAUGUUCCAGAAUUAUUUGGUUUGCCUAUAAUUUUACAUAAUUUAAUAAAAAUCAUUGCGUCGCGUCUACCAGUCGUGCUAAAAUAAAUAAUAAUACGUCAUAUCGAUUGAUAUUGAAUGAAAAAAACAAACAAAAAACUUAUGUUUGUUGAUGUCCGCCAUCUUUUAUUUUGAUAAUAAUAUACACUAUCAGGUAAACUAUAAUACCAUGUGUUGUUACCGUUAUUAAGCCAAUGCUGAAUAGUGAAUGCCAUUCGUUGUAACUUGUAACUCGCAUGAACGUAUAAUAGAAAUCGAAAUUUCUUGUGGGAUACCUAGUGUCGAAUAUUGAAUAUUCGACGUGUGCCGUGUGUCUAUUUGACGUCGUGCUAUACGAAUUGCUGGGGCUGCAGCAUCACGUCUGAAUCAGUCUGAACGGCAGCUAUAGAGUGUUGCGCUGAGACGACAACAACACCCGAGUUUGGAGGAGCGUCAUCAAAACUUUGGUAAAAAUGUUAAGCGACGAGGAAACUCCGAAUACAGAACCGUCCACUUCGGAUACAACCAACGUAGCUACUGGCUCUGCAACCGAAGUCACAAAUGAUGAUAACCAAGGCCAGAGUACGUCUGUGGCUGAUCCAAAUGCCGGUGCCCUGGAGGUGGCUGAAGACAAGACUGUAGCCAACGACGAGUAUAUCCGAUUGCGUGUCAUCACUAGUGACAUGACCAAUGAGGUGCACUUUCGUGUUA